AUGAAGAUCAAGGCCCUCAGUCGCUCCGUCUCAGCGCAACAGGCUGCUGGCACAGAUGUUACCAAGCAACCUCGCAACCUCGAUUCCGCUCUCCACCCUUUCGAACGCGCACGAGAGUAUCAGCGAGCCCUCAAUGCUGUUAAGCUCGAGCGAAUGCAUGCGAAGCCUUUCGUCGGCCAGCUAGGAAACGGUCACGUUGACGGUGUCUACUCUAUCGCCAAGGACCCCAACUCUCUUGAGCACUUUGCGAGUGGCAGUGGUGAUGGUAUUGUCAAAGUGUGGGAUCUUGCCGACCGAGAUGAGAUAUGGCACGCCUCAGCGCAUGAGAACAUCGUCAAGGGAAUGGAAUGGACUCGCGAUCAAAAGCUUUUGACCUGUGCCGCCGACAGAACCGUUAAGCUCUUCGAUCCCUACAACACGCCUAGCGAUUCGGCUCCUAUCAGCUCAUGGCUUGGAUCUGGCGCAUUUACCAGUCUGUCGCAUCACCGUUCCAAGAACUCAUUUGCCGCUGCUUCGAGCGUUCUCAACAUUUACGAUCUCGAGCGACACACUGCCGCCCCUGAGGUUCUCAGGUGGCCUACGUCAGUGGACACCAUCACCGAUGUUGCCUUCAACCAGGUCGAGACAUCAAUCUUGGGAUCUACCUCCAACGAUCGCUCUAUUGUGAUUUACGACCUCCGCACCUCCACCCCCGUCACGAAGACCGUCCUCAAGUUCGCCAGCAACCGUCUCGCUUGGUCGCCUAUGGAGGCCUUCAACUUGGCCGCUGCCUCUGAGGACCACAACGUCUACCUCUUCGACAUGCGCAAGUUCGACCGCGCCCUCAACGUUCUCAAGGACCACGUCGCUGCCGUCAUGGAUGUCGAGUGGUCCCCCACUGGCGAAGAGCUUGUAUCUGCCUCUUGGGACCGAACCGUCCGUCUCUGGAACCGCGACCGCGGUCACUCUCGAGAUGUCUACCAUACCAAGCGAAUGCAGCGUGUCACAGCUGCCCGCUGGACCCCUGAUGCCCGCUACGUUCUCUCAGGCUCCGACGACGGCAACGUGCGACUAUGGCGCUCUAACGCCUCACGUCGCGAGGGUGUCAAGUCUGCUCGCCACCGCCAGGCUCUCGAGUACAACAAUGCUCUUAUCGAGCGAUACCAGCACAUGCCUGAAGUCCGUCGCAUUCACCGUCACCGUCAUGUGCCCAAAGUGCUUAAGAAGGCUGGCGAGAUCAAGGCUGAGGAGCUUAAGAGCAUCAAGCGUCGUGAGGAGAAUGAGCGUCGCCAUACUAAGAAGCAGUUUGAGAGGCGUCGGGGUGAGAGAGAGAAGAUGAUUUUGGCAACAGAGAAGUAA